AUGAUUAAUAGUAACAUAAUAUUUUUAUUUUGUUAUCAUGUGUUCUUGUGCAUAUUAGGAUGUCUAUUUUUUGAAAAUUUUUUAUUUAAAGAUUUUGAUAAUCGUUUUAGUUUAGUAAAAAUAAUAUUUUGUUGUUCAUUCGUUUUAUGUCUAUCGCUUCUUUCUAUGAUAUUAUUCGAGAUAAGUGGAUUUAUUGCAACAAGAUUACAAUUAUUUAUAUGGUAUAUAGAUAUAAGUCUUAUGAUAUUAUUUAUUUAUAUAAUAAUUCCUAUAAGUUUAAUAUAUACAUAUGUAACAUAUGAAGAUGAAAAGACAUCAAGCAGUUUAUUCAAGUUUCAAUAUUUUUAUACUACAUUAAUUAAAAUGAAUAAUAAAAAGAAAAAAAAAAAAUUGUAUUCAGAAGAUGAAAAUGAAAAAGAAAAUAAAAGUGUAGAACAAACAGGACAACCAAAAGAACAAGAAAAAACUAAUUUUAUGAAAAGAUUACUUUAUGUAAGUGAAGAUUUAAUUGAAAAGAUGAAGAAUUAUAAUUAUAAAAUAAAAUAUAAAAAUAAACAGAAAUUAUAUAAAUUUAUAAUUGGAUGUAUAUUUCUAUUACCAAUAAUAUGGUUUACAUUUUAUAAAAUAUCUAUGAUGACUUUAAAAAAUAAUAAAGAUAUAUAUGAUAAAUCAGAUAUAUAUAAUAUAGGUUCUAUAUUAUUAGAUAAAUUUAAUGAGAUAAAUAAAGAGUUUGAAGAAGAAUAUAAUAUUAAGAAUCAUAAAAAUAAUUAUUUUUUCUUUUUUAAUAUUAUGAAAAAUCUUUUAACAUAUAUGUCUGUAACAGGUAUGACUAUAGUUAGUGCUCUCUCUGCAUUUACUAGCUUAUAUUCACCAUAUAGUAAUAUAAGUAAUUUUUUUUUUUUUGUUAAUAUUAAAAAAGUUAAAGUUAUUGAAAAAAAAAUCAAGUUCAUAAAGGAUCAGUUGUCUUCAAAAAAAAAAAUACUCUUACUAUAUGAGUACUAUCCUCAUUUGAUAAAACCUUUUUAUGAAAAUCAAAAAAAGAAAUAUGAUAAUCUACAUAAUAAUACAUUUUAUUAUAAAUAUAAUUAUGAUUCGAAUGAUUAUAAAAAUUAUAGAGACGAUAUAGGACUACAAAAUAUAAAUGAAAGUAAAAGUAUAUAUCAUAAUAAUAAUAAUAAUAAUAAUGCAACUAAUUGUAUAACUAAUUAUUUGCAAACAGGUACUUCGCAUGGGCUUAAUAACACACACAAUAAUAAUAAUAAUAAUAAUGUUAAUAGUAUUGUGAAAAAUGCAGAUAAUAUAUAUAAUAUAAAUCAUACAAAUAAUCUAGACACACAUUAUUUUCAAAAUAAUAUCAACUCUAUAAAUAAGUCUAGAAAUUCUUAUAAACAAUACACAAAAGAGAAAUAUAACAAUCAUAAUAAUAAUAUAAAUGAUUUGAAUAUAAAUAAUAAUAUUUUUAGUAAUAAUAAAAACGAUCGAAUACAUAGAACAUAUAAAAAUCAUCAAGUGAUAAAAUAUGAUGAUUUAGAAAACAAAGAUAAUAAUCUAAAAAAGGAUAUUAAAAAAGAGGACAUAUUUUUUACAUCUUUUAAAAGUUAUAAAAAAUGUAAUUUAUAUUUAGGUAAUUAUAAAUCUAUCUAUAAAGAUAUAUAUGAAACAUUUAUUAAAAGAGAAAAAAGUUUUAUUAGUUUGUUUAAUAUAACUACGUUAUCACAAAGAAAAGAUAAUAAUCUAUUAUAUAUUAGUGAACAAAUAAAUUGUAAAAAUUAUAGUAUGGAUGAUAUUAUUAUUGUAAAUAAAUAUAAAGAACAAAAUGAAGAAGAAAUAAAAUUAUAUAACAAUGAUAAUUUAGAAGAGAAAGAAAAAACUUGUAUAGAGAAAUAUAAUAAUGAAAAUGGUUUUAUAAACGAAUUUUCUAAUAAUGAUAUAAAAAAUAAUUCAUACAUAAAAAAUAAUAAACAAAAUUCAUUUAAUCAAAAUAUAAGUAGUAAUAAUUUAUGUAAAAGAAAUAUAAAAUCAUCAAAUAAUAUAUUAGAUGAUAUGCAUAUGGAAUAUGAAAAAAAAUUUCGUUUUUUUAAAACAAAAGAAGAAAAUAUAUCUUUAGAAAAUAAACUAUCAGAUGAUUACAUGAGAGAAUAUAAAAAUUCAAAUGGAAAAUAUAAAUCUUUAUUUCAUUUUAAGUAUCCUAUAUUUUCCUUUAAAAGAUUUUUUAAAGGUUCUAAAAAUAAUAUUAGUUCAAAAGAAUACCAAGUUAGCGAUGGUUUACAUAAGAACAACGAAACAAAUUACACACACAAUGGUAAUAAUAAUAAUAAUAAUAAUAAUUAUUAUAAUUGUGAUAAUAUUCCUAGUAAUAAUAAUAUGAAUAAUAAUAUGAAUAGUAUUAAUUAUAAGUGGGAUGGAUUUAUUAAGAAAUCCUUCAUAUCUUCCUUUUUUUAUGGCUUUCAAAAACCAUAUAAAACGUUUCAAAGUGUUAAGGAAUUUUUCACAAGAAAGAAAGAUAAUGUGAAUAAAAAAAGUAAACAAGUGUUAAUACAAGAUAUAAAAUCUUUAGAAUAUAUGGUAAAGAAAUUAUAUUUCUUAUUAGAUGAUGUUAUAAAAGAACAAAUAAGAAUAAAUCAAAGUACAACAUUUUGUGGUAUUCUUUUAUAUAUACUUGGUAUUAUAAUGUCUAUAUUAUGUCUAUAUAAAAUUAUUAAAACGUGUUAUAUAAUAUAUAUGAUAGAGAUACAUUAUAAAUUUAUAUCAGCAUAUAGUAGUGGACAUGUAUUAAUGUUAUUUUAUUCAAAAAAUAUGAAUAUCUCUAUUAUAAAUGAAUUAAAAAAUGUUUUACAUAUUGUUCAUAUAAAUAUUAAUCUAGAUAAUUAUGUUAUUUCUAUUACAUCCAUAUUAUUAUUAUGUUUCAUAUUUACUAAUCUAAAAACAUUUAUGGAAAAAAUUAUAAAAUUAAGAUAUUCAACAAAAUCUUCUUUAUAUUCAAAUCUAGCCAUUCUAUUAAUGUGUGAAAUUAUGGAUUUAUAUUUCUCAGCUUAUUGUAUACAACUAUUUGAUUAUCUACCUGUCAAAGAAAAAAUUAAAAUGUUAUAUAUAUUCUUUAAUAAUAAUUUAUUAAAUCUAUUUAAACUCAAAUAUCAUUUUGAUUUUGUUUAUGUCAUAUCAUUAUUCAUUUCUUUAAUUCUACUUAAAUUCCAUCACAAAAACAAGUCGGAUCAAUUUAAAGAAAUAUAA